AUGGAAGCGCUCUCGAAAAUGCUUCCGUAUCCGCUAGGAGCAAUGGAAGCAGAGGCCAAGGCUAUGGAAUGCGGGAUCAUCUUCGCAUGGGAGCUGGGACUCAGACAAGUCAUCAUGGAAGGGGACUCACAAGUGGUAAUCCAUGCACUCAACCGUGGGACCAAAAGCCCCCUACCAAUCCAGCAAAUCAUCUCAGAUAAGGAGAAACCCACUGAGAAGGCAAAGAAGGAGAGCCCCAUAUUAAUUGCAGCUAAGAAUGGUAUCACCGAAAUUGUGGCAAAUAUCCUGGAACUCUUUCCCGUUGCCAUCCAUGACAUGAAUGAACACAAGAAGAAUAUAGUGCUGUUGGCGGUGGAGAACAGGCAACCACAUUAUUUUCAGUUUGUCAAAGAGUCCAUGCUCUUCCACUUCUUCCAACGCUACAACAUCAAGGGCAAUACCUCAAAAGAGAUAUUUACCGAAACCCACAAAGAUCUCGUCAAAGAUGGAAGCGAGUGGCUAAGAAGCACCUCUGAAUCCUGCUCCGUGGUCGCUGCACUCAUAGCCACCGUGACCUUUGCCAGCGCCACCACAGUCCCCGGAGGCGUUAAGCAGGAUAUUGGCACUCCAACACUUGAAAACCAUCCUGCAUUCGACGUCUUUGCCAUCUCAUCACUCGUCGCGCUCUGCUUCUCUGCCACGGCCCUGGUCAUGUUCCUCUCCAUCUUAACAUCUCGGUACCAGGAGAAGGAUUUUGGCGGAGACCUACCAAGGAAGCUUUUGCUAGGCUUAACAUCACUGUUCGUUUCCAUAGCUUCCAUGUUGAUUGCCUUCUGCGCGGGACAUUUCUUUGUUCUAAAGGAUAAACUGAAAUAUGCAGCGUUUCCAGUGUAUGCAGUGACUUGCCUGCCGAUAACAUUUUUUGCAGUAGCGCAGUUUCCGUUGUACUUUGAUCUUAUGUGGGCUACCAUCAAGAAGGUGCCACAACGUAGCUACAAGGUGGUUCCUUUUUAA